AUGGCAUACAAGAUUCCCAUCAACGAGAGAUUUGGUGCCAAUGUUCUUUCUUUUUCAAAGUUACAUGAAACAAUAAGCGAUAUUAGGAGUAAGCUGAGCGAAGAUCAGCUGACUUUGUUUAGGGGAACCUGUUUUGGUACUUUCUUACAACUGAAAAACAUUAAAUGGGCUCCACAGAUUGUACACCAACUCCUCCUUCGGCAAGUACAAUCAAAAGAGGAUGAAAAGAAAGGGAAGUUGGUGUUUUUGAUUGGUGGAAGAGAAACUAGUUUUUCAAUAAGGGAAUUUAACCUCAUAACUGGAUUGAGGUGUCAUUCCCUACCAGACAUCUCAUUAUAUUUGAAAGAGAUGGAGAAGUCUGGUGAACCUAGGGUGGGCUUGCAGAAUAAGUAUUUCAAUGGAAGCUAUCAUAUUUCAUGCCAAGAGUUACGAAUGACUUUUAUGCAGUGCCAAGAUCCAGAAGAUGUAUAUAAGUUGGCACUUGUAUAUUUUGUUGAGUAUGUACUCUUAGGUAGAGAUGUGAAGCUGUUGAUUGAUGUUGAUUUCUUGAAUCUGGUUGAUUAUGUUGAUGAGUUCAACAAGUACCCAUGGGGGACUUUGUCCUACAAGAAGACAAUACAGUCCCUAACUAAUUGUCUUGUUGGAAGGUCCGACAAAUUUAAGGCCAAGCAGAAUGAUUUUGAAUGGUACAAUCUAUUGGGCUUUCCUUGGGCUUUCCAACUAUGGAAUGUUGAAAUGGUCAUCAACUAA